AUGGCAGACGUCCAACGCACAGGCGCCCGCGUGCGUCGCGCGUUCCGCUAUCCCAGCGGCGACGCCGAUUCCGGAUCCGACGCAGAGCCGACAGCCAUCGACGAGCAAGAGCAGGAACAGCUGAUAGCCCUCCUCGCGGCGCAAAACACGGCCCGCAACGAGCAGUUCCGCCUCGCCCUCCUCGCCCUGCCCCUGAUGACGACGCUCCCCUACCUGCCGCUUGUCUUUCGGCCGCCGACGGCGCUGCUCGCCCUCCUGAGCCUGUCCUCGCUCCUCUCCACCGCCUAUCUGCUGCAUCGGCUGCCGCCGACGGUCACGGGAAUCGCCCCGCUCGAUGCCUGGUCCCGCAGGGAGGACGUCCGGGCCGCGACCGAGGACGCGCGCCUCCGGCUGCGGACGGGGGGGAGACGGCAGGCCCGCGAUGCUUCCCUGGCUCUCCGAGACGGCGGGUCGCCGCUGGACCUGUACCUUCCGUACCUGAACCUCGGUCUCGUGCUGAUGCUGGCCUUGCUUGGGUUGGUCACCGGUCGCGGCGCCGACGCCUUCGGCUGGGUCGGCAUGGGCAACCUGCCGGUCAUGGUCCUUGCCGUCGUGUGCGUCUCCAAGGUUGUCAUGGGUGGCGUGGACCCAGAGAAGGAACUGUCGGCCCUCAAAUACCCGUACAAAGGCGCAUGA